ACUGCGCGAUGAUGGACAUGGCGGCGGGGACGGAGCGUAUGUGCGGAUGGUUAAGAACAGACCAUGUCCCAAGCGACAUCAGAAUGCGUAGUUUUCGGUUUUUGAUUUUCUUUUCUACGGAAGCCAGUUCAAUCAUGUCGACGGCGUGGUUGCCCUUUGUUUGCUGAGCAGUUUCUGUGAAGAAGACAGGAAAGCAACGUCGCUGUAUGCUCGCCCUCGCAUCUGCCAACUGGCAACUUUCUAUAUACGGCCGCUGGCACUCGGGCACUGCCAGAGUCGCACCACAAAAACACCAAAAAGAAUUUUAUCACGCAAACUCUUCUUCUUCUCUUUCUUUCUUCUUCACUUCAAUUAUUCACUUCUGGCUCGUUUGCUUCGCUUCAAUCAAAGCCCACCUGGCCCCGGCCCCCUUCAACUCAACGCUAGCGUUUGACCCUCUGAUCUGCUCAGGAGUGGCCUCGUCGCCUACGCCCGCUGUUUCAGAAUACAUCUCGCGGGCUCUGACCCAGAGAAGGCCACAGCCUAUCAAUCCGCUCUCCGCUAUCCGCAUUCCUGCCCUGUUUAUUGACAGCGUCCCAAACAGAAGCGCCUUGGCUGCCUGCUCAAUUGGCUGCUAGGCUUCUUUGUUUAGAAAACACAGGACAAAGGCCACUCCGAGACAAUGUGGGGAGCAGCCCGCCUUUCCAUUGUUGGCCCGCCCAGCACCAAGCCUUCGGCGCUGACAUCGCGCUUGAAUCCACAGCACCAGCAGCAGGACGAAUACAAAGCCUACUGGCACCCCGGUCUCGAGGAUCCCUUCAACGCUCUUGGCAUCACCAACGUGAUUUGCAAGUUCCGCGAGAUUCAGGCAAAGAGCGCCGGACGCGACCCAAACGAAGCCGCUGAUUCCGCGCAGCUCUCCGAAUCUCGCCGCAUCACUAUUCAUCGCGUUGUUAGUCCUACGCCUAUUGUUGUAGCCAACCGCAAAUCUCAGAUUCCUGCUACCAUUCGUCCUGCUUCGUCCUUCACAGACGACAGUGACUCGCAUCUUUUACGGCCUCUUGCACACGUUGCUGCUCUUACUGGAGAUAUGCCAAGAAUACAGGCUCUCCAGCAAAUUUCACCUCCGAGCUCACCGGAGGUUAGCGCUCAUGGGAAACACUCUCUCGACACUGUCUCGCCUAUUGACAGCGACUCGGAUGCAUCCUUUGACGACUUUCCCGUGACAGCUCAGCGUGAUCCUAUUCCCUCGCAGCAACGCAACCCUAGUUCCAGCCUGCCGGUUGCCACCCGCGAGAGUCUUAGACCAAGCCAAGCAACCACUGCCGCCGCAAAGAAGCCGCUCCAGGUGCCACUGAGAAAACAAAAGACGGACCCAGUCAGGCCCUCAACUCAACCAGUAUUUACUGUUAUUCCCAAUAACCCUGGUCCUGUUUCCCGCAAUGCUGGGGCAACAUCGCCUUCGUUGGGCCAGCGGUUCAAGAGACUCGGCAAGGAAGCAGCUCAUGCCUUUGAAAACCGACCACCAUGGAAAGGUGCGAGUGGCCGUGAACCUCAGCUAAAGACUUUGCGAGAUGACUUAAGUGUCGCACCCCUCAACAUCCCGGCUCGGUCAAGCAGGCGUGCUGUCUCGCGUGAGGGUUACAGUAAGCCGCGCCCAGCGUCGCUCCUGAUCACGCAACCUGCAGACAACAAGACCGGCAAGUCUGGCCCAACGGUACGCAAACUGGUACCCUCCAAGGGAGUUGAAAAAGAUGCUAGACCCCAGCCAAAGAUAACCAUCCCAACUCGAAGAGCUUCUCAGCAUUACCCUAGCCCACCACCAAGUGAUCCUAUUGCACACACAGCUGGCAUCGACACAACACUCUCGCAGCCUGACUCACCGACACCGGCUAGCAAUCCUAUCAGAAGGAAGCCAUCCCCAGCUACUCCUACUAGCAAGCCUAUUCCUCACGCCAACCCUCUUGCGUCCAGCCCGGUCUAUAUCCCUUUGGCAGCCCGAGGACGGUCCCAGUCUGCACUUGGACUUGUUACGGACACAUCCAUUAUUGAAGAGGACGAGGAGGAACCUAAAUCUCAUUUUAGCUUCACUACUAGCGACGAGUCUCACACCAACGCGGACGCCGAGGGUGACGAGGCCGAUAUGUCAGUCAUCGAUCCGGCCCCAAUUGGCACGCCAGUCAUGAACCGCAAGCGUCCCCUGGCACGCGGCGAAUAUUUCCACUCUUCACAAUCACCAGCUCUGAUUGGUGGCGCGAAGCGACUUCCUAGAAAGAGCGAUCCCCAUCUGCGGGCUACAAGUGUUUCUGAUCUCUUCUCACCCGGAUCUGGGUGUAAGCCGCUCCCUCUUGCGCCACCAGAGGUAUCUGCAACUGAUCGUAUUCAGCAUCUUGAUGCUCAGCUCUUUGGGUUGGCCAACAGACAGAUCAACAUUGAGCGCGGUAUCAAGAAAAUGACAGAGCUUAUGCCCACCGAUUACAUUUUAGCCAGCGCCGCCGUCAUCCGACGUCGCGAGGAUGAAAAGAAGAAGAUUGAAGCUCUGCGAGCGGAGCUUUCCGAGAUCCAAAGAGAGCAGCAUGAACUUGGAUUCCAACGCCACAGAGCCUAUAAGCGUCUUGACAAAGAGGCACAAUAUGAGCCUACCAGUUUGUGGGUGCGUCGCGUGGCAAGCUAAGCAAAUCACUGAGAGUGUAGUUGCUUUUACGUUUUAACGAGAACGAUUUUGCAUUUUAUAGCAUGUUAGCGCCGGAGUUUCCUAGACCAUUGGUCGGCCGUUUUUAUUGUCACACCGUUACUGUAAAAUUAGUUGCUUUAGGGGGUUGGCUUUUUUGCAUUAGCUUCUAUACCAAUUUGUUACACGUUACC